CUUUGCCCAAACAAACGCGGCGUAACCCGGAUAUUGGAACUAGCUUGCUGCAGACAUGCGUUUCAGGGAGCUUGUUGUUUUCCUGACAUAAAUGAAAAGUAGGAAAACAUUGCUGAAACGCAAUUUCUGAAAAAGGGAAGACAUGAUGACACAACCUGCCUUAGUCCUCUUCAUUACGCUCGCGGUAGCGAGUACACCUUCCAGAGGCAACAAUGAAUGUGAGUCUCGGAACUUCGGCCACGGCUCCGUGGCGUGUGAAUGUAACGCCACUCACUGUGAUACUCCGGGCUCCGUCCAGCUACCACCACCGGGACAGUAUCUGUCAUUCCUCACCACCCAGACAGGCAAGAGGCUGGAGCGCAGCCAGGGCCAGGUACAGAACAGGAGCACUGGGGCUGGUCUGAGGCUCAGUGUAGUCGUCUUUCAGAAGUAUCAGAGGAUUAAAGGCUUUGGGGGUGCUAUGACGGAUUCGGCAGCCAUGAACAUCCUGACUCUGUCCCCAGGAGCGCAGGACCAGCUUCUGAGGCAGUACUUCUCUGUGGAAGGCAUAGAGUACAAUGUGGUGCGUGUGCCGAUGGCUAGCUGUGACUUCUCCACACGUCAGUACACCUAUGCUGACACGCCUGGCGACUACCAGCUGGAUAACUUCACCCUGGCCCCCGAAGACUUGCACAUGAAGAUCCCUCUGCUCCAGCGUGCCCAGGCCCUCUCUUCCCAGCCCCUGUCCCUGCUGGCCAGCGCCUGGAGCGCCCCCGCCUGGAUGAAGACCAACGGUGCGCUCAUUGGCAAGGGUACGCUGAAGGGCCAACCAGGAGGCAAGGAGUACAAGACUUGGGCUAAAUACUAUGUCAGAUUCCUGGAUGAGUACAGGAAGUACAACCUGACCUUCUGGGCUAUGACAACAGGGAACGAGCCAACGGCUGGGGAGAUGACCAAUUACAGCUUCCAGGCGCUGGGUUUCACCCCAGAGACACAACGCGAUUGGGUGACCAUGGACUUAGGCCCCACCCUCACCCAAUCCCAGCACCAGCGCACUCAGCUGCUUAUUCUUGACGACCAGAGGCUGCUGCUGCCGCACUGGGCCCGAGUGGUGCUGAAUGACGUCCACGCUGCCCGCUACAUCCACGGCAUCGCAGUUCACUGGUACAUGGACGGCAUCGCCCCGGCUGAGCUGACCCUCUCUACCACGCACCACCUCUACCCGGAGUACUUCCUGUUUGGCACGGAGGCGUGUGCGGGCUGGAAGCCCUAUGACAGGGGGGUGAGGCUGGGCAGCUGGGACAGGGCCGAGGAUUACGCCCAUGACAUCAUCGAGGACCUCAACCACUAUGUGACGGGCUGGACUGACUGGAACUUGGCUCUGGACUUGGGCGGGGGGCCGAACUGGGUCAAGAACUUUGUGGACAGCCCGAUCAUCGUGGACAGAACCCGAGAUGUCUUCUACAAGCAGCCCACCUUCUACAGUAUGGCCCACUUCAGUAAGUUCCUGAAGGAGGGGUCCCAGCGUGUGGGCGUGUCCUACAGCUCGGAGUCUGAUUUAGAGACUGCUGCCUUCACCAGGCCAGAUGGAUCCAGAGUGCUCACUGUGCUGAACAGGUCUGAUAAGGACGUGCAGUUUGAGGUGUGGGACUCGGCUGUCGGCUACAUUCCCUCCGUCUCUCCAAGACACUCCAUUCUCACACUCACCUGGGCAGCGCCAUAAUGAGAGCGCACAUACAGACACACACACAGAGACACACACACGUGCGUGAACCAUCAUUCCUCCCAGAAACUGACUGAAACGUUCCCUGAACCUCUAACAAAGAACCCUCGCAGCAUUAAUGAAAUGGCCAGUCACUGAUUGUCACUGAUGCCUUGCACUGAAAUCCCUUAAUGAUUUCGCUCUCCCAGCGUGCUCCUUGAUUCACUGUUAAAACAUUGAUGAGCAGGCUUGUGAGACAUUCCCUUUGUGAUGCAAUAAAGCAAUGUACAUAAUAUAUAAUUUUUGAAAGCAUUUCAAUAAAUGACAUAAUACUA